AUGUCAAUUUGGCGCACUGCGACAGAAACUAUAGGCGACAGAUACAACAACUAUUUCAUCGACGGAGAAGCAUUCGACUGGCUGCUAAUGGCGGAGCGCCUGAUCAAUGUUGCCGGUGACCUUAUUCCGAAGGACGAGCGUGAAACACUGCUCUUCACGGGCCGCUUCCCGGAGAGUUUUGAUGCAGAAGGCUUCAGAGAUUUGCUCGGUGUGCAGAAGCACAGCGGAUACCUAAAUUACUUCUACGGUGUGGUCGUCGAGGAAGCCUUGCAGCUAGCGGUUGAGCGCGAAGUGCAUAAGCGCGAAGUCAGCAAUGGCAAUCAGUAUCAGGACGACUUCACUGAAGAGGCCUUCUUUAGGAUUUAUCGGCGAGGCCGGACAGAACUCUUUCAAGAUUUCUGCGACCAGAUGGGCUAUCCCGACGCGAGUUCAAUGUCCCUCAGCCAAUGCAAGGAGUUCUUAUACUGGCUCUUCAAGCACCGCGUUCACAUCUCGGACAAGGCCAAAAUUGCAAGCGACACCCGGAAAGGCAUGGCUCAGCUUCAGGAGUUGGCCAACGCCCAGCCCAACUCGACAGCCAUCGGCUACGCCCCAGAACAACCCUAG